ACCCAGUCUCCGUGUAUUCUAAUACCCGUUCACAAUCGCGACCCCUAUAACAGACACAAAGAAAAAACACAUAGUAAAAUUAAUACCUUCCAACUUCGCAUCGAAGCUAAAACAGUAUAUUAUGCGCUUAUCAUAAUUAAAAUGUAAACAAACGGACUCAAUUUCUUAUCAGUUCAGGACCGCGAAAAUACAAGGGUCUCAAAUACGAAUGUCCUAUUCAUGUUUAUAAGAUCUAUGCAUUUACGUACUUACUAUCUAUGUAUGCUUUUUAUCUAAAUAUUUUUGGUGAUUUUAAAAUUGUUCCAUAGUCCAUACUGGACCUUAUUAUUCAUGGGUUCACUAUUACUAUGUGUCACGUGAAGUUUAGAUCUUGACAUUUGUAUUGUACAUUAAAUAUUUUUUCUUUGAAAAAUGAGUUAUCGAUCUAAAAGUUGGGUAUGGCAAUACGGCAAACGCAAAGGUGAUAAAGCUUUUUGUGAUCUGUGUGAUGAUAAUUCAAACAAAGUGUUUAGUUGUGCUGGUGGAUCAACGGGAUCAUUCGGCAGACAUUUAAAAUUCAUACACAAUAUAAGCAAAAACACUCAAAAUCAAAGUGAUGGUAAUCUUCAUGAAGUUGAAGAGUGUAAUAUAGUUGUUGGUUUAACACAGUGUCCAUCAUCAUCAUCAACUAGUUUAUUAAAUACCGAUUGUUCAACCUCAUCAUUAGAAUUUUGUGAACUACAACCCCGUAAACGACGAAAAACUUAUAGUGAUAAGAACUUUGAAAAAAACCGAAUUUGUAGUUCAGAAAGAACAGAAAAAAUUCAUCAAGCAUUAGCUAAAAUGAUCGCCAUCAAUCAAAUGCCCUUAUCCUUUUGUUCUAGUUCCGGGCUUAAACAAUUUAUGAGCAUAGUCGAACCAAAUUGUAUUAUCUGUAAGGAAGGUGCUAUUAAACAGAGACUCAAAGGAUUCAAAUUGUCGGUUGAAGAUUUAAUAAAAAAAGAACUAAAAGAUGCCAAAAGUGUAAGCUGUACAUGUGACUGUUGGUCAUCAAUAGCUCAAGAAUCGUACAUAAAAGUUACUGCACAUUUUAUCAAUGAUUAAUGGUGCCCAAAAUCAUACACCCUGACAACUCACAAACUAGAUGAUCGUUAUACAGUUUCAAAUUUAUCCGAUCAAUUAAAAAUGACUUUUAAUAAUUGGGAAAUUGACCAAAAAGUUACAGCAGUAGUUACCGACAAUGCAAAAAAUGUGUUGAAUGCAGUUAAUUUACUGGAUAACAUUACAGAAAAGAAUGAUAUAACAUGUGCUGCACAUACAUUACAACUUGCUGUCAAUAAUGCCCUAAAAUAUGAUAAAAUAAAUAAUUUAAUUCAAUUAUGUAGUAAAAUCGUUUGUCAUUUUAAGCAUUCAAAUUUAGCUAGUCAAUAUUUAAAAGAUAAGCAAGAACAAUUAGGUAUGCCAACAGAAAGUUUAAUUCAAAGUUGUAAAACCAGAUUGAAUUCAAUAUUUAUGAUGCUUGAUCGAAUUUAUAAAAAUAGGUGCCCAAUUUCAAAUGUUCUUGCUGAUCGUUCGUUAACUACAGAGGAGAUGGCACACAAAUUUGAAGUAUCAGAGCACCAAUGGACAAAUGUAGAAACACUAAUAAAAUUGCUUAAGCCUCUACAAAUUAUGACCACUGUGUUUUGUGGGGAUAAAUAUUGUUCUAGUUCAAUGGUGAGGCCGCUUCUAAACGCAGUUAUAAAAAAGCAUUUAAAGCAUAAUAUAAGUGAUGACGAAAUAGCUGAAAAUUUUAAAACCAAUGUAAUAAGAGAACUUUCAGACCAUUUUAAAUUACUGUGGACUCCUUCUAGUGUGGUAUCUGCUAGACAAAUAGCGUCUUUCCUCGACCCAAGGUUCAAGGACUUAAAGCAUGAAACAGUUGAUGCAAGAGAGGAAAUUCGAACACAGGUUAAAAAUUUGAUAAAAGAAAUGGCUGAAUUUAAUAGGGAUGUGCAAAUUGAAAUACCUGUAACUAAACAUCACGGUGCUCUUGAAUAUCUGUUCAGUGAUGAAGUAAACUGUAAUAUAGCUGAUUCUGACAUUCAGUAUCAAAAUUAUUUAGCAGAACCACAGUUAAAAUUUGAUUUUGAUGCACUAGAAUGGUGGAAGACACGUACAUCAAAAUAUCCACUAAUUGUUGCUCUGGCAAUGAAAUAUUUAGGGAUACCAGCAACGUCAGUUAGUUCUGAAAGAUGUUUCUCAACCGCUGGAAACAUAGUGACGGCCAAGAAAAGUUUUUUGGCGCCUGAGACUGUAAACAUGCUGAUUUUUCUUUACCAAAACAAACAAUUGUUAUAAAUUCCUAGAUUGUGAGUGAUUACUUUAUUAUUUAUUUGCUAAUUUUUUGUAAUAUAUGCAUCUACUGCUUGUACAUUAAUUUGAUAUUAUUAUUGUUAUUUUUUUAAUUAAUUGAUUAAUUUAUAAAUAUAUAAGUACAUGUUUAUUAUUA